UUCUUGAUCAUUGUUUCAGACACCAGCCAAGUUUACAUGGACAUAGAUGGAAUGUCUAGCCUGCUCCCUGUGGACAUAGACGCUGAGGAUAUCCACCGCCAGUCCUUGUACCUCAGUCAGACCAGGAUGGAUUCUGACAUCGAGGAGAAACGUCAGAAUGCUAUCGAGCAGUUUUUCACGAAAGGCGCCAUUGUGCCUUCACCAUGGACYGAACCAACAAGCAAACAGAAAUCAGCACAGAUGCAGUUUGGGAAGAGUUCCAUGUCCCCACUGAUACUAGAAGAGCCACUACCAACUAAAAAAACCACAGUAGGCUGCCAGACAGUCCUGUCCUUACCUGUGGACUUCCACCUGGACAAAAUAUUAGGAGAAUACUACAGAUUGAAGGAGGUGUCUCAGCAGGAUCAGGUUCAGGAGACCCUGAGCUCCUCGUCUCUGAGACGGAAGUUGUUUCUGGACGGCCAAGGGAGUGGCUCAGAGUCCUCCAGCCCCCCCAGCCCAGAAGGAGGAGGGGAGGGAGAGCCCCCUGGGGGAGAAGGGGGAGGGGAUAGAGAUUUCCUCUCCCCCAUGAGCGCCUCUCCUCUGCCCUGCCCGUUGUCUGGCAUGUCUGCCCUGACCCCCUCCACUGGUCUUUUCUCGUCCAGUCCUAUCCAGGGUCGUUACCGAACUACAGCCUGGGAAGUGUCACCAGCCCCCUGUGCCCUGAGCGGUCCUCCUGCUCUGGCUUCCAGUCCCUGCCCUGUCCCCCAUCGGACCCAGUUCACACAGACACCCAUCGCAGGAGAGAGGAGGAAGCUGAGCUUCGUGACCCCUGAGGUGUUCCCCUAGACAUGGACAUCACCUCCUGUACAGAGAGCCCCUACGUAGACGGCUG